GAGAGUGAGCGGCGCCCAGCCGCCCAGCCAGCCCGCCGUUCUCCGGCCGCCGUCAGGGCGCGCGCAGCAAGCGGGCGCGACUAUGCCAAGAUGGUCCUGCAGGCGCGGAAUAAGCACCGGGAGGCGGCUCCCAAGCCGCCCCAGCCGCCCCGCGCCUCGCAGUCGCCGCUGAGGGGGGCGCCGGACGUCGGCGCCGGGGAGCCCGGGCCCGAGCGCGCGCCCCCGUCCCCGGGGCGCAAGGGCGCCGCGGGCAGGAAGGGGCCCCGCGCCGAGCCCGCCGCGCCGCCCGCCGGGGGUGGCCUCGGGGGGCGCCUGGCGGCCCGAUUGCGCGGGGCGCUGGGCCUGCGGCGCGCGGGGCGCGGCCGGACCUGGACCACGCUCCUGUUAGCUGCUUUUGCAGCAGUGUUGCACUGGAGCCAUAUAACACACCUCUUUGAAAAUGACCGUCAUUUUUCUCACCUCUCAACAUUGGAAAGGGAGAUGGCUUUUCGCACUGAAAUGGGACUGUAUUAUUCCUAUUUCAAGACUAUUGUGGAAGCACCCUCAUUUUUGAAUGGAGUAUGGAUGAUUAUGAAUGAUAAACUGACUGAAUACCCGCUUGUUAUUAAUACAUUAAAAAGAUUUAAUCUUUACCCUGAGGUAAUUUUGGCCAGCUGGUACCGGAUUUAUACCAAAAUAAUGGACUUGAUUGGUAUUCAAACCAAGAUAUGUUGGAUGGUUACCAGAGGAGAAGGGCUUAGUCCUAUUGAAAGCUGUGAAGGAUUGGGAGAUCCUGCUUGCUUUUAUGUUGCCGUAAUUUUUAUUUUAAAUGGACUGAUGAUGGCAUUAUUCUUCAUAUAUGGCACAUAUUUAAGUGGCAGUCGAUUAGGAGGCCUGGUUACAGUGUUGUGCUUCUUUUUCAAUCAUGGAGAGUGUACUCGUGUAAUGUGGACACCACCUCUCCGUGAAAGCUUCUCAUAUCCAUUCCUUGUUCUUCAGAUGUUGCUUGUGACUCAUAUUCUCAGGGCUACAAAACUUUAUAGAGGAAGCUUGAUUGCACUCUGUAUUUCCAAUGUAUUUUUCAUGCUUCCUUGGCAGUUUGCUCAGUUUGUACUUCUUACUCAGAUUGCGUCAUUGUUUGCGGUAUAUGUUGUUGGGUACAUUGAUAUAUGUAAAUUACGGAAGAUCAUUUAUAUACACAUGAUUUCUCUUGCACUUUGUUUUGUUUUGAUGUUUGGGAACUCAAUGUUAUUAACUUCUUACUAUGCUUCUUCUUUGGUAAUUAUUUGGGGUAUUCUGGCAAUGAAACCACAUUUCCUGAAAAUAAAUGUAUCUGAACUUAGUUUAUGGGUUAUUCAAGGAUGUUUUUGGUUAUUUGGAACUGUCAUACUCAAGUACUUGACAUCUAAAAUUUUUGGUAUUACAGAUGAUGCUCAUAUUGGCAACUUAUUAACAUCAAAAUUCUUCAGUUACAAGGAUUUUGAUACUUUAUUGUAUACCUGUGCAGCGGAGUUUGACUUUAUGGAAAAAGAGACUCCACUGAGAUACACGAAGACAUUAUUGCUUCCAGUUGUUCUUGUAGUGUUUAUUGCAAUUGUUAGAAAGAUUAUUAGUGAUAUGUGGGGUGUCUUAGCUAAACAACAGACACAUGUAAGAAAACACCAGUUUGAUCAUGGAGAGCUGGUCUAUCAUGCUUUGCAAUUGUUAGCAUAUACAGCCCUUGGUAUUUUAAUUAUGAGACUAAAACUCUUCUUGACACCCCACAUGUGUGUUAUGGCAUCACUGAUCUGCUCAAGACAGCUAUUUGGAUGGCUCUUUUGCAAAGUACAUCCUGGUGCUGUUGUUUUUGCUAUAUUAGCAGCUAUGUCAAUACAAGGUUCAGCAAAUCUGCAAACCCAGUGGAAUAUUGUAGGGGAGUUCAGCAAUUUGCCACAAGAAGAACUGAUAGAAUGGAUCAAAUAUAGUACUAAACCAGAUGCAGUGUUUGCAGGUGCCAUGCCCACGAUGGCAAGUGUUAAGCUGUCUGCACUUCGACCCAUUGUGAAUCAUCCACAUUAUGAAGAUGCAGGCUUGAGAGCCAGAACAAAAAUAGUAUAUUCAAUGUAUAGUCGGAAAGCAGCUGAAGAAGUGAAGCAAGAACUGAUAAAGUUAAAAGUGAAUUAUUACAUUCUGGAAGAGUCAUGGUGUGUAAGAAGAUCCAAGCCUGGUUGCAGUAUGCCUGAAAUUUGGGAUGUAGAAGAUCCUGCCAAUGCUGGGAAAACUCCCUUAUGUAACCUCUUGGUGAAGGAUUCCAAACCUUACUUCAUCACUGUAUUCCAGAACAGUGUUUACAAAGUCCUAGAAGUUGUAAAAGAAUGACUGCUACAUGAACUGCUGCCCACGGACAACUACAUCAGUAAUGGUUUUAAUGUUUCGCUAAGUCAUGUGUUGUUGAUAUCCCAAAAACUUUUAUAGGUAACUGUUUUCAAAUAGAAAACGUUUUAUUUGGUCAAUCUGAAUGUCAUUCUAAUUAUAAAAAUGACUUACACCUUUAUCAAUUGGUUACUAUUUCAAUGCACCCUUUAAAAUUUGCUAUGCAAAUGAGUAUAUGUUUGUAUUUGACUUUAAUAUUUGCGCUAAAGUGAGCAAAGCUACCUGUAUAAAGAAAACACAAUGGGUCAUGAGAAGCAUGAUAUGAAAAUACAGGACAAUUCUGACUGUAUAGGGGCUGAUUUUACAGUGUAAGAACUAUUAAUGCCCUUGCUUCUUUGUUCUGCCUUUUGCUCUUGUCUUUUGGACAUUUCAGUGAUUAUUGUAAGUUCUUUGGUCAUGUCAGCCCCUGUCAUCAACUUGAGUUCCAGUAGAUGGGGCAGACAUGAGUGUUUGCUGUGUAGAACUAUCUAUCUUACUUCCUUGUGCUCUUUUUGUUCUCUGUUCUCUUGUUCAUAAAGCUUCUCCUGCCCAUUAUUCCAAAUUCUUGGACCUAGUGGUUAGGAAAUUUCCUUAACUUCUAGCCAUUUGGCAUUAUCAUGUCUGUCUGUCUGUCUGUCUGUCUGUCUCUCUCUCUCUCUCUCUCUUUCCCCACCUCUCCUUCUCUCCCAUUCUCCCCCUCCACCUCCUCCCCGCCACCGCAUUUUCUGUCAAAUAAGUGCUGUUUACUUAUUUAGUUGCUUGUCAAGUACUUAUUCUUGGUUUUAAAAAAAUUAAUGGUAACUGUAUUUUUCUCAUUUUUUAGCAUUAUUCAAAUGUUUAUAUUUUAAUACCUUUAAACCACUUUAAAAGUUUUUCAUGUUUAAUUAUAGUUUUAAGAAAAACUAUUUUGAACAACUCCAAAUAUAGUGCAUCUAGAAACUAAUGUAUAUUUGAGUAUACAUAAUUUAUAGCGGAACAGUAGACUGUUGUACAUGAUAAUUUUUCUUUUACUAUUAAGGUACAAUAAAACAUGACUAAUUUUGCUGUCAAGAAAGUAAAGAAUAAUGAUAAAUGGAGUUUUUAUAUUUUGCUUUUAAGAUUGCCUGCCUUUAAUAAGACAAAGCCUUAAGCCUUAUGUUAUAAUUUUGGUUCAAAAAACUAUCUUUUCAGUAUGAGAAAUGAGUAUAUUUUGUCUUCCUUUUUAGUUUUUUUCUUCCUGUUUAUUUUUAUUUUGAAUUUCUACACCUUCUUUGAAUUUCUUGUAUGAAUUUUUGUUUCUUAGAAGUUAAUUUAUGUGAAAUGAGAUUCUUCAAAACGAUGAAACCUCAUAGUUCUGAGAAAAGGUUUUAGGGUUUUAAAUUCUAAGCAAACCGUGACUAUGGCUGACUACACAUUUAAUUAUACAGCUUCUCUUUCUUAACCACAGGCAGAUUAACUUAAUUGUGGAUUGUCCUUGAGACCUUAGUCCUCAGGAUGGUUUCUGGUGACCACUGCUGGAAGCCACUGUUCUCUUUCUACCUUCUUACCAGAGUCCAAGGGCAGGCCUAGUCUCCGGGAAGCAGCACCUUGCUGACAUGAGUCAGCUAUAAAGGCUGGGAGUGUGACCUCAGAGAAGCACCACACCCCAGCCCUGCCCCAGUGCCCAGAGCUGCAGCUCCCAGGGACACUCCUUCCCUGGAGGUGGCCCAGGAGAUGGACUCUGGCAGUGUUCUUCAGAUUUGUGGCCGCUUUUUGUCAUUUGCUGGUUGAAUGUUUUUAUUUCUUAGGCUUUUGCUAGUUUUAGAAAAUAGAGAAGCAGCCGGUGAUAUGUGGAUUAAGAGCAACAUUCAAACGAUGAUGCACAGCAACAGCAGUCUAGGAAAAUGGGCAGUGGACACUGGAGGCUGAGGAUGGGAGUCGACAUGGGCAGGGAAAGGGGAGGUGCUCUCUGCUUAUCUGCGAUUGUUGCUUGCCCGAGUGUGGCUGAUUUUGUACAUCCAGCAGUUACAAUUUUUAAAAAUUUUACUUUUACAGUUACCUUUCUGUUUUUCUCACCUCCUAGUAAUUUACUUCCAGAUAAGUUCACAUGUAAUAAGUAGAAAUUCUGUACAGGAAAAAGCAUUAAAAAUGCUAUUGUAACUGUUUCAUUUGCUGGGAACCAUUAAAAGUAGUGUAAAUUAGCUUUUUCCAGAAGGAUCCUUUUAUAGCAGUGUUUAUGAAUGUAGCCCCCAGCAAAAUGCGGCUAUAUAUUAGGGGAGCCAGUUUGGAGCAGAGGCCUGAAGGUCCCUGCUAUGCAGCCGUGGCCACAGCUUGCAGCACCAGCACUGUGGGGCAUUCGCACCUUUAUGGCAAUGCGGAGUGGUAGCAGGUUCCAUAGGUGUGACAAAACAGUAUUAAAUCUCAGUGUUUUGCAUAUUUUUAGCAUUUAAAAAUAUUUUUGCUUUAAUGUGAGGAAAGGAUAAAAGAAAGUGAUCAAAAUAGCUAUUGCUGUGACAUUUUAGAAAACAAAGUUGGGGCUGUAUUUCUGUAAAAAGAUAACCCUCUAAAAAUGCUUGGCAAAAAAAGUAUAGUGUUAAGAUAGGCCAGCGAUAUUAACGAGAAAGUGAAAGGACGCAUCAGGAAUAAAGUGUUAUUGCAUAGGGGUAUUGUAUUUUUAUGAAUUUUAUGCCAGUUGUUUACAUGUACUAUAUGUGUUAAAUAAAAAAAGAUCAUGAAAAAUGA